AUGGCCAUUUUUGAUUCGGAAAAGCGUCCUCGGGGACUCCGUGUGCCGUCCUUGACGGCAAUGAAAAUGGGCUCGGCAGCCACCAAGUCCCAAUUCUCUUUCCAUGGCAAGAAAUCCCACGAUGCGCCGGCCGACCCGACUGCCCUUCCCAGCAAUCUGAUUUCUCCUGCCGUUCUUCCCACUCCUGCCAUCUCUGCGGCCGACCUCUACUCCAAGGCUCCUCCUCCACCGCCGACAAAAGAGCUGCCGCCGACGCCCAAGGAAGAACUUCCACCACUACCACAACUGGCGCAACCAGACUCUACACGGGUUCCGUCAAAACCGUCUACCACCAUGCCUCCCAGAAAAGAAGUGGUCCGGAAAUCCCCUCCCAGCGGGGUGAAGCCUGUGGCGAGUGCGCCCAAGAUGGGGUUGCGACAGGCUUCUCAGCCGUCUCCAUCGGAGCCGUCACCGCCGCAGCCGCGACAGCAGCAGCAACAGCCACAAUCACCAUCGCAAUCGCAGUCACGAUCCGCGCAAUCCUCCCCUGUAUAUAAUGCGCCCCAUCCAUCGCAAAAACAGGCGCAGCCACAUUCCUAUCCUCAUCCACAUGGCCCGGCACAGGCACAGGCACAAGCCCCGGCCCCGCCACCGCAGGCCCAACCACCCAUUACGCACUCCAUGCCUACCCUCCACUCUGCCAAUACGGCCUCAGUCCCGGUGGCCGCACCGCAGCCUCGGCCUGCCCAACUACCACCAGCUCAGGCUUCUGUGGCUCCAACACCCGUCCAUGUGACCACAUCGCUGGAGGAGGUUGCUCUCACACCCGGAGGAAGUAUUUCCCUGGAUCCUGCUUCAAGUGAUGAUCAGACCUCCUCGUUCGCGCCUUCCGAUCAGAUGGAUAUCCUUCCGGCGGUGCUGAACAAGGUUCACUAUAAUUGCUUCCAGGAACAUCGCAACAUGCCAGUGGCGCAAAAUUCAUGGUGCCCGGUACCCUGUAUGACUUGUCACAAGACCGAUCGACAGGUUCGCCAUCGAUGUGUGUUUUGCUGUUUGCGCAUCUGCGAGGGAUGCCACGUGACAUUGCAGAAAUGCAAAGGCAGAUCGUUGACUGAACUGAUGAGCAAAGUGGCCUAA